GACAAACUAGCCAAUCAGAACGCGACUUGAACGGAAGUGGAAAAUUUGAACUUUCAGUUAAAGCAUUUAGCAUUUUUGCUGUGUUGUGUAUCUCAUGGGAGUACGUGUUCUGGUAAACGCCGUAUAUAUAUCAGUGUAAACAGGAUGGAGGAAGAGGAACAUACUGAUAGACAGCAACAGCUUGCGAAGUUUUUUCAAAAGCUUAAUAAAAUAAAACAGUCUCUCAAUGAAGAUGACACGGACAAUAUUAAUCAGGUCAUCAGCUCAAACUCGCCUGACUCUUGCCUCUCAUAUCUGAUGGACUUGGAGAAAAGGGGGGAUCCUCGCCUAGAUCACAACCAUCUUACCAGGCUCACAGAUUUUUGCACCAAAGUAUUUUCUAAUAUGCCUCUAAAGAAACAUAGUCAGAGUGAGAGCUAUGCCAGGAUGCUGGUCAGAUUUGCAGAGUUAAAAGCAAUUCAUGAUGUCAGUGAGGCGGAGGCCAACUUCGACAUAGCGAGGUCUCAAAGUCCAAACUUUGCCUUCGUUCACAUCGCUCAUGCACAGUUUGAGCAUUCUCAAGGCAACACAAAAAGAGCGAUUCACAUCUUGCAGAAUGCUGGUGAACUUGAUGCCAAACCAAAGGAGCAGCUGGAGGCUGCGCUUCAGAGCCUGCAGCGGGGGAGAGCACAGAUGGGCUCAGAGGACAAAGAGAAUUUGCCAACAUUAUCAAACUAUAGCGUUCAAAGUUCUGUCAGAAAAAGCUCAGAGCUUCAGAAAGUUGGCCGAAACUCAGAUGGGACGGGUGAUUUGCAGCUCUUCAGUUCGUUCAGUUUAAGGGUGGAGCCAUCAGACGACCCACUACCUGCCUGGAGAACCGGACCUCAGCGCAAACGAGCAGCAGCUGCUUUGCCAGGAAGAGUACCUAUGCUGCCUGUCUCCAUCCCUGAAAAUGUCGACGUCAGUGAGAUUUUCUCCAAAAGAAGUGCACCGUCCAUCCCCAUUAGUUUGUCCAGGCAAACAGCUGACUCGGUGUUGAGACUUUCUUCCUCACAAAAAACUACAGAUGAGAGGGAUUUAUUAAGUGAUCAGCCACCAGCUCCCAGUCCAGAUCACAGCCAGCACACAGGGCAGGCAGACUCCUCCGCUACACUCCUUCACGCACAAAACACAAAAGAUUCCUCGAGAAUGGAAGACGUAACGUUCAGUUUUGAUCAGAUUGUCAAUUCUAAUUCUCCCGAGUCGUGCUGGGCUUACCUGAGGAAUCUGGAGAAAAGAGGUGACCCCCACACAGAUAUCCGUCUCCUCAGCAAGCUAAAGGACUGUUAUUGUAAGGUCUUCGCCAGGCUGCCGAUGCAAGAGUUCAGCAAAAACACCAGCUACGCCCGGAUACUCGUCAGAUACGCAGAACUUAAAGGGAUUGAAGAUCCAGAUGAAGCACAGGACAACUUCAUUGUUGCAAGGUCCUCCUGCAAAGGCUUUGCCUUCGUCCACAUUGCGUAUGCCCAGUUUGAGGUCUCUCAGGGUAAUGUCAGCAGAGCAAUUUCAAUUUUGCACAAAGCCCAGGCAUUGAAGGCUAAACCAGCUGAGCUCCUGAACACAGCCUUGAGUAACCUUAAAGCUGGGAAGAAGCAGCUGGUGCCCCCGAUGGAGGAAGACACAGGAAGUGUGCCGUCUUGUGGAAGAAACCAGGAUGUGCAGCUUCCCACUCGGGUCCCGGUGGGCCCCCCAGUGGAACAACCUAAACCUUCCAGCAGGGAGUUGGCUUCAGAGUGGAAGAUUCCAGGUCCCAUCAGCCUGCACAUUUCUCCAGAGGAUAAACGGGCAACUCCUCUUGAUCCCAGACCUUUUUCUCAUCUGGUGGAGUCCAUCCCUACUCCGUCCUUCCAACCUCCAUCUAGACUGAACCCACAAGCAGCUUUCCAGACUCCUGAUGGCUACAGGAACCCAAGGGCGAACAGCUUUAUUACUCCUGUUGUAAAGCAAGACCCCGAGGUGCCGUCCUCUGCAGCAGCAUACAGAACCAGACCCGUCCAGCAGCCAUGCACACCUCUAAACCAGGCAGCCAAUUUCAAAACCCCACAGGCCUUCAGUGCGUGGUCAAAUGAAUGCAUUACUAUUAAUGGAAAGCAGUUUUUCAUCCUUAAGACGAUUGGACGUGGCGGAUCGAGCAAGGUCUACCAAGUCCUUGAUCACAAAAAGCAGCUGUUUGCUGUGAAACACGUGGACCUGGAGGAGGCGGACGCUCAGACCGUAGAAAGUUACAGGAAUGAAAUCGAACAUCUGAAACACUUGCAGCAGUACAGCGAUCAGAUCAUAAAGCUCUAUGACUAUGAAUUGACCAACAGCUACAUCUACAUGCUGAUGGAAUGUGGAAACUUGGAUCUGAACACUUGGUUGAGAAACCGUAAAUCAGUGAAUCCGCUGGAGAGGAAGUUCUACUGGAAGAACAUGCUGGAGGCCGUUCAGACCAUCCACCAACAUGGUAUUGUUCACAGUGACUUGAAACCGGCUAACUUUGUGAUUGUGAAUGCUUCGCUGAAGCUGAUCGACUUUGGGAUCGCAAACAGAAUCCAGCCUGAUAUGACGAGCAUUAUGAAGGAUUCCCAGGUAGGAACUCUGAACUAUAUGCCUCCUGAAGCCAUCAAAGACACCUCUUCAUCCCAGCCUGGAAAAGGUCGCUCAAAGAUCAGCCCCAAAGGUGAUGUGUGGUCCCUCGGAUGUAUCCUGUACUGCAUGACUUAUGGGAAGACUCCGUUCCAGAGCAUCACAAACCAGAUAUCCAAGCUGCAUGCCAUCAUAGAUCCUUCUCACAGAAUUGAGUUCCCCAACAUCCCAGAGAAGGAUCUGCUGGAUGUGUUGAAAAGGUGCCUGGUACGAAACCCCAGAGAGAGAAUCUCUAUUGCAGAGCUCCUAGAACAUCCAUACCUCCAGCUGGAGGCCCAGUCUUCACCUGAACCAGAACUAACCUGUGACCGUGAUCUCAAGAGGAUUCUAACGGACCUCGCAGCCCUCCAGUCUCCAUCCAGCAUCGUUCGAGCUGCUAACAAUUUGGCUAAAAUGUGCAGCAGUGGCAGGAAGCUGGAUGUUGCUGAGUGUGCUAAGUCGUCAUCCUAACAAGGCUGGAGAGUCUUUAGAUCAUUUAUCUGUCAUUUAUACUGUCUACCUUGUUCAUUUUCUGUUCGCUUGUAACCACUUUUAGUAGCAUUUUAGGAGAAAAGCCAACAAAUGUUUUUAUUUCUUGUAUUUUUAGUUUUAAUAACUUGUGUACAGUAUACACAAGUGAAAUAAAUGCGGCUUUUUUUGUAUAGUAAAGCUUUGUUUUAUUUCAUCACAUUUAAACAGAAUAUUGGACAUUAUUUAAGGCCUUGAAACUUCUUUUUUCUCACCUCUCUUGGGAGGAAGCUGUGACUGCUAACUGAAAUAAUUUACCACUUUUGUAAUUUAGUUUUUUAACUCAAUAAUGUUAUAUUUAUCAAUAAGCUAUAAGGACUUAGGAGAGUUGUCUUUAGUUUCUGGUUGACUGAGGUGUUUAUUUAAAAAACCCUUUAGCAAAUCUGUAGUUUCCUAAGAGGAGGUGGGAGAAAAGACUGGGAAAGAUUUGAAUGGGAAUGCCAAGCAACUUGACGCUGUUUCAAUUUCUGAGUAACUUUUCGAAAUUGGUGAGUGUUUUUGUCUAAAAUCGGUAAAUAUGUAUGUAUGUAUUUAUAUAAACUCAGAACUUGUGAACAUCCGAAGCCUGGGUCGUUUUCACCGCCCUCCUUUUUGACCAAUCACAAUCCUCCGCUCACAUGCUGUGAUAAUCCUGAUCAUUUAAACAGGAGUUCUCACUCUGUCACGUUCGCUGGAUACAAAUCUUUUUUUUUAAGAUUAUAGUAACAAAUUAAUUUGUCUAUAUCAGAAUAUGUCCAUUGGUUUAUAAAGUAUAUUCAGUUGCUUGGACUAACUGAUUAUUUUUGUUUUUAAUUUGUUUCACGAACCCAGUGUCUUGCUUUAUCUUUAGAGACUACCAAAGUGAUAGCCUAGUAUUUAGACCGUCAUUUGUCGAAUCUAAAUGAUUUGCUCUGCAUAUAUUCACAUGCACAUAGGAUGACUUGCCAGGCUAUCAAAGGGAGGCAUUUGCCACAGAUCCAUCAGAUGGUUUAAACAUCCAAGUACAAAACAAAAACAAUGUGGUUCUGUUUUACUAGUAGAGUGAGACGUCUGGCUUUAGAAUAAACGAUCUUUACGCCGCGAA